UUUUCUCUUUGUAUUAAAGCUCUUCCUCAGAAUAAGAUGAAGAAGCUGGGGCAGGAGCUGUUCGCCCUGCAGACACUUCUGGAGGAGUUUGACAAAUGUGUCGACAAUCAGAGAGCGCGACUCAACGACCUGAAGGAGCUGGAGGAGUCGUUCCAGAAGGAUCUGGAGGACGUCGGUCACAUGAAGGACAACGUACCUGCUCACAUGCCGAAGAGAGAAGCCCCGACACAAGGAGGUGAGUCUGUGAUGAAGCAGAGUGAGACGCUGCAGCAGGAACACGUGAAGAAGAGCAGCAGGAGCUUCAUCAGAGAGAUGGACUUCAUCACUGUCUCAGAGUUUGACAGCAUCCCUCAGUACAUGAGAGGACGUGUGUCGUACGAGCAGCUGAACGCUGCAGUGCAGAGCAUCAACACUUCUGUUACAGCAAAGUACAAAAUCCUCCAUCAGUCUGUGAAGAGUCUCAACAAUCAUUCCCGUAAACUGCAGCAGCGCUUCAAGGAGCAGGAGAGCAAAGACACUAGAGGUCACUUCUUCGUGGUGGAGGACGACUUCAGAGAGUUCACUCAGGUGAAGAUGGACAAACGGUUUCAGGGGAUUCUGAGCAUGUUGAGACACUGUCAGCGCCUGAAGGAGCUCCGAGGGGGGGGUCUGACCAGAUACCUGCUGCUCUGAUGGGGGAGGGUCUGACCUGAUACCUGCUGGUCGGAUGAGGACACACUCAGGGGUCUGAUGGAGCUCAGCUCUAAACAUGAGAGAUGAGUUUCCUCCCUGAAUGAAGAUUUGCCUUGUUAGAAGGACAACACAGAAACGACAACAACAGUCAUCGUCAUCAUCACACUGACCCCGCCCAUCAACAUACUGACCCCGCCCAUCAACACACUGGCCCUGCCCAUCAACACACUGUCCCCUCCCAUCAUCACACUGACCCCUCCCAUCAUCACGGUCCCAGGGUCUGUCACCUUCACCUGUGUCAGAGCCCCUCAGCACUCUGCCCGUCCACUGGCUCAGAUUGAUCUAUAUAUAUAUAUAUGUAUAUAUAUAUAUAUGUAUAUAUGUAUGUAUAUGUAUGUAUAUAUAUAUGUAUAUAUAUGUAUAUGUGUAUAUGUAUGUAUCUUUAAAUCCUUGUAUGCUGAGAAAAGUAAAUGACUUAAUUAGAUGUGAGAAAUGCUCUAAUCUGUUUCAAAAUAAAAGCACGGAGUGAUUUCUCCGUCUGGAUUGAA